AUGUACGCCAUAUGCAACCCUCACACCAAGCAGUGGUACCCGAUUCCGAUUCCGCCCCCCGAUUUCUCCAUCCUCGCCCACAUCGGCUUCAUCGUCCUCGACGACGACGACGAUCGCUCCUUCAUCAUCGCCCGGAUUCCCCUCAGCAUGGCCCCGCGCCGAACCCAGCUCGACCUGGAAGUCAUGUCGUCCCAAUCCGCCGAGUGGACUGCCAAAUCGGCUCCCCUGCCACGCCCGCUGCUCUGCCCCGACCCUGACUACUCAUUUUUCGACGACGGCACUGUCAAUCUCGCCGUCAAUCUACACAAGCGCUGGCUCUGCUGGAUGCUCGGGGGAAAGCAGCAGGUGGUGCUCUACGACGCCGUCAACGGUGUGGUGGAUUGGGUGAUUGAGCCUCCACGGCGCACACUAGACGGGAUUUGCGUCAGCCAGGGCCGCUUGUGGGCCGCGAGCCUCUGCCGUUCAACCCUCAUCGUCUUCGUGGCUGAAAAUCUACCGCCACAAUCAUCAUUUCCUGAUAUGAAUCAGCUGCAACAACCAUAUUUCAAGCCGAUGAACAAGGUUAGUUUGACCGGUCCAUGGGACUCGCUGAUCCCGUUCAUAGCUCAAGAUUUCGGCAACACAAAUGAUCCAUACACCAACAACAAAAUCCGCAACAUGAUCCAGGGGCCUCAGCUCGGGGACGUCUUCCUAACUAUGAACCCACAUGAUUCCAAUCAGGUCUACCUUACUUUCCACGCCAGUUUCCUCGCCCUCUUCCACAUAACUCAACGAACCCUCAAGUUGCUUGGAGGACAAGGAAGCUUAGACACCGGAUGCCACCUCUUCAUAUGUGACAACCCCUCCUGGCCAACUCCACUCCCCACCCUUCACUUUCCUCCUGCUUCAUCUAGCUAG